AUGAUGGAGGGGGAGCAAGAUCAGUUGUAUAAUGUGACAGUAGAUCAUCAAGAAGUGGAGGAUGCGAGUUCCGAAACCGACGAGUCGUCUGAUCCAAGACCUGGUGAUGAUCAUUUCAAGAAUUUCACUCGAAAUGGAAUGAUCAAGGUUGGAGAAGAAACCAGCGACUAUGAAGCAGCGAAGACGAGGUUUCUUACUGGCAUGAAACAACAUGCCAAGGACACAGAGGUUGUUGCCUUACACAAGAUUUCGGGUUCUAGUUUGGCUGUGAAGGCUCGGUACGCUGCGUUUAGGAUUUAUGAAGGGGCCGUUUUAAAGAAGAGCGGAGGGCAAGGGCAAGGGCAAGGGCAAGGAGACGGAGUUGCAAAUAUUAGGUAUGGUUGGUACGGUGGUUCAAAGGAGGAAAUUACUGGAAUAAUUUCUCACGGGUUCAGUCGGUGUAAUGGGCAAUCGCAUGGUGUUGGUGUUUAUUUGUCUCCUACCGAGUUUCUCCUUGAUGGCUUGGCAUCUUCAGGUGCUGAUGAAAAUGGGAUAAGGCAUAUGUUGUUAUGUAACGUGUUAAUGGGGAAGAUGGAAGUAAUCCCUGCUGGUUCCAAGCAAAUCUAUCCAAGUUCAAUGGAGUUUGACUCUGGCGUUGAUAAUCUUGAAGCACCGAGAAGAUUAGUUGUGUGGGGUGCUUUCAUGAAUUCUCACGUAUUCCCCACUCAUAUCAUAAGUUUUAAGGCCCCUUCUUUCAAUUGUUCGCUAAGAAGUCAGGCCAGUGAACUAAUAAAAUACGGUCCUUUUAGUAUUCCUGCUCUACUUGUUAUACUGGCAAAGCUUUUGGGUCCUGCCAAGAGGGUUUUGAUUGCCAAAAUCUUUGAUGAGUUUUGCAAGUGUAAGAUAACUCGACUGCAACUGGUCCAAAGUGUGAGGCGGCUUGUUGGGGAUGACCAGCUGUUGAUUGAUAUUAUUAAAUCCAAUCGAGAGAAGCUUGCAGUAAGAUCAUCAAGCAGAACGUGCGGGGCACAGGCAGCAGCUAAUAGCGGAGGGAAAAUGUAA